UUUCCUUUCUGAAAAUUGUUUGUACCCGAUAACUUAUCAAUGUUAGUGCGCGGGAAGUACUCGCUCUCGGCUAUCGAUACUUCAUGCAGUCGCUGGUACUCGUUGCAGUUGGCAUGUUUACAUAUUGUAUAGGCUCAAAAUAAUACUAGGAAAACAAUGGAAACAGUAAACGAAACAUACUCGUACAUCACCAACAUGGAGGUAAUGCAGAUUCUGUUAAAGAUCAAGAGCACCAAAAAGAAAUUUGGCAUGCGCAAUUUGGCCACAGUUACCUACGAGGCACUGCAGUACCUGGAGGAGUCGCCUUGCAAGACACAAACACGUGAGUCCAUUACCAAUUACCUGCGCGACUUGGCCACGUAUAAACUGAAGCCGCACGAGGUGCUACAAAUGGUCAACGAUCCUCCAACCAGCGCACUUCACACUCAACUGCUUAUCGAUGAUAACAAAGAGCCGCUUACGGACGAGCAAAACGAGGCCAUAAUUCAGUUGACGCACAAACACUUCCAGGCUGGCAACACGGAACAAACGGCAACCACAACAACUGCAGCACCAACAAGUACGACAACUCAGCCGGCAGCGGUAACUACAACAGACGAAACAGCUGAAACUGUGGAAACAACACCAGUAGACGAGGCAGCUGCCACACAGUGAUAACCAAUAGCUUAAUUCAUUCACUAUUUUGAUGUAAUUUGCGUAUAAAAUAAGAACAUUUUGUAAGCACAUUGAAA